AUGUGCAGGUAUCAGAUACUACCACCGCCAGCCAACGGCGGCAUCAACGAACCACAAGACUGUCCGCAUUGCCGACGGACGUUCAGCUGCUACUACUCGCUUAAGAGACACUUCCAGGACAAGCACGAUCGGUCCGACACGCUGUACGUGUGCGAGUUCUGCCGGCGACGGUACCGGACCAAGAACAGCCUGACCACGCACAAGAGCCUGCAGCACAGGGGCUCGGCAGUGGCGCUAAAACGUCUGAUGAAAACCUUCGCCGCCACUGCCGCAGAAACCUCGUCCGCCACCGCCGUGGUAACGCCGUCGUCCGAGUCUCCGCUGCCGAAACAACGGUCACGGUCACCGCCGCUGGUCGUCUGCAACGGUUACCGGUCGUCGUCGUCAUCGCCGUCGCCGUCGCCGUCGUCGUCUGCUCCGUCUCCCUCACCGCCGCCGCCGCCGCCGUCGCCUACCGCAAACACGGUAUAGGCGAAUAACAAUAUUAUAAUUAUUAAACCGGUCAAUCGUUUAUAUUGAGCUGUCGUCGUCGUCGUCGUCGUCGUGUUGAGCAGCCGGUGCAGUACUAUAUAUAAUAAUACGUAUGUGACGUGACGUGCGUACAGUAUACAAUAUUUUAUACGAUAUUACUGUGUAUAUUAUUAUAUAAUAUACAUACGUACGUAUUAUAUGAUAUAAUAUCAUUAUCGCAUUAUUAUCAAACACCUCUGUUGUUGUUGUUGUUGUUGUCGCUGUUUUUGUUGUGUCGGUGCUGCCGCCGUCGCGCCGGAAACCAUCGGAAAUGCACGCGUGACGUUCGUCCACUGCAGCUCCGGUUUCCGGUGCACCCAGGGUCUUGUGUCAUCUGAGAGUAGUGGUAUCGCAGUAGGUAGUACUAGGAGAAAUAGAAUAAAUUAGUAGUAGUUAUAAGUAUUAUUUAUAAUAACAGCAGUAUCCGCGUUGAGCGUGUGGGUGAUUUGAACUUUUUCGGUUUUAUCUAAAAACUAUUAUUUUUUUUUUUUUUUUGUGUAAGUAUAUAAUUUUUCUGACCCUUGGAGAAAAACAUGGUUUUUUCCCCCACACCAUUUUCCCGCCAAAUGGCAUUUUUAAUAUAAAUUAAUUGUAUUGGUAAAAUAAUUCUUGGUAAAACGAAAAAUAAAAAACAAAAAAACGUUAUCUUAUAUAUUUACUUUUUGCGUACUUGCAAUUUGACUGAUAUGAUUGAUCUACAUAAUUUUUUUUUUUUUUUAUUAUUAUUUUAAAUUUAAUGAAUCUAUAUAAUUAUUAUACUUAUAAGGACAUAUCAUUAUAAAAUCAAUAAAUAUUAUUAUUAUUAUUAUUAUCAUUAUUUUCAUGUGCUCUCGUAAUGAGUUAUUUCUUUCUUGUGCGCGGGGAAGAGGGAGGAACAUGCGUAUAGUCCGACAGUAAAACAAAAUAUAAUACAUAAACGAUUUCCCUCACCGUGUAUACAAACACCAACGACACACAUAGUUUGAUGAAUGUUUGUUUAUUAUUAUUUAUACAAAUAUCGAUGGUAUACUAGUCUUCGUUUUUUUUUGGAUAUAAGUUUUUUUUUACUAUUAGUGUUGGGUGGGUAUAAAAUACUUCUUUGAGGCAAAACUAUCAACAAAAAAAUAAUAAUAAUAACAAAAAUAAAUAUACUUGAACAACCAACAACAACUGACUAUAUUAUUAUUCGAUGUACACAAAAAAACCGUAUAGGUGUCUCUUUUGAAAUAUUUUAUUAUUAUAUUAUCAUUAUACAUGUGAUCAGUUAUAUAUUAUUAACAUAAA